AUGGUUUCCAAUGGAGAUGAAGAAUCAGGAAACCAAGUUCAACAACCUGAAACCUCAAAAAAUUCAUGUUCACCCUGUUUCAGGUAUAACUCACCAUUAGUUCAAGUGAUCCUCAUUGGUGUUGUCUGCUUUUGCUGCCCCGGCAUGUUCAACGCCCUCUCAGGAAUGGGUGGUGGAGGCCAACUGAACCACACUGCCUCCAACAACUCCCUCACUGCCCUCUACACCACUUUUUCCAUAUUUGGCAUCCUUGGCGGCGCCAUCUACAACAUCCUUGGACCUCACCUGACCCUUCUCGCAGGUUGUUCCACCUACGUCCUCUACACAUCCUCCUUACUCUACUACAACCAUCACCACCACCAAGCCUUUACCAUUCUCUCCGGUGCUCUCCUUGGUGUAGGAGCAGGUCUCUUAUGGGCUGCACAUGGAGCAAUCAUGACAUCUUACCCUCCAUCCAACAGAAAAGGCACUUACAUAUCUAUUUUCUGGAGCAUCUUCAACAUGGGUGGAGUAAUUGGUGGCUUGAUUCCUUUCAUCUUGAACUACCAUCGUAGUGAGGCUGCUUCUGUCAAUGAUGGUACCUACAUAGGCUUCAUGUGCUUUAUGUCAGUGGGGACCGUCUUGUCGUUGGCCAUCUUGCCAGCAUCCAAGGUUGUACGUGAUGAUGGCAGUAGGUGCACCAGCGUGUUGUACUCCAAUGUGUCCACCGAGUGCGUGGAGGUUCUCAAGUUGUUUUCCAAUUGGAAGGUCCUUCUUAUGAUUCCCGCAGCUUGGUCCAGCAACUUCUUUUACCCUUACCAGUUCAAUGAUGUGAAUGAGGCACUGUUUAAUUUGAGGACUAGAGGGUUUAACAGUGUGUUCUACUGGGGGGCUCAGAUGCUGGGUUCGGUUGGGAUUGGAUAUGUGAUGGAUUUUAGCUUUGAGAGGAGAAGGGUGAGGGGGUUGGUGGGAGUUGUGGUGGUUGGUGUUCUUGGGACUGUAAUUUGGGGUGGUGCACUUGCUAAUCAGGUUAGGUACUCCUCCAAUGAUUUGCCUGAAAAGUUGGAUUUUAAGUACCCAGGAUUUGCUGGGCCUUUUGCCUUGUACUGUAGUUUUGGGAUGCUAGAUGCCAUGCUCCAGAGCUUGGUCUAUUGGGUUAUUGGAGCCCUGGCUAAUGAUUCUGAGAUCCUCAGCAGGUACAGUGGAUUGUUCAAGGGAAUACAAAGUGCGGGGGUUGCAGUUGCAUGGCAAAUAGAUGAACACAAUGUGUGUUUGAUGACCCAGUUGAUUGUGAAUUGGGUGCUCACAACAAUAAGCUAUCCAUUACUCUUUGUUUUGAUCAUGUUGGCUGUGAAAGAUGAAUAA